AUGCUCUCUUCAGCCCGGCGCUGGGUGCGUCGCAACCGGACACCAAUUGCCAUCGGCGUUGGUGUCCUCGGCGCUGGCUAUGCCGUGACGCAGUACGUGAUGGCCAAGAUCAACGAUGCGCGCGAGCGGAUGAGCAGCGAUCGCAUCGCCAAGGAAAACCUUCGCCGUCGAUUCGAGCAGAACCAGGAAGACUGUACUUAUACCGUCCUGGCUCUCCUGCCCACCGCCACGGGCAACGUGAUUACGGCCUUGAACACCGAGCAGAUUACGUACGAGAUCCAGCAGAUCAAGAGCUCGGCGAGGAGCCUCAAGGGCAUCCAGACAACAAGCCCGCCCAGUAUUGCCGAUACCACUCUCACCGAAGAUGAUAGCAAGAGCACCAUCAGCGUGCCGGUGGAUGUCGGAAUGCCCUUUACUUCAGAUGGCUCCCAGCAAGAGCUGGCUCCUCCCAGGCCGCGAAAGACCAAGAGGCAACUCUGGGAUGACUUGACCAUUAGCGCCAUUACAAGAUCAUUCACCCUCAUCUACACGCUCGCCCUUCUCACCAUGCUGACAAGAGUUCAACUGAACCUUCUCGGCCGGCGCAGCUACUUAUCCAGUGUUGUUGCUCUCGCUACUGGCAGCCAGCAGGCCACCAUCAGCCUUGAGAACAAUGACGACGACAGCCCCAAUCCGCAUGGCAGCGAUUUCGACACAAAUCGCAAGUAUUUAACCUUCAGCUGGUGGUUGCUGAACAAGGGCUGGGUGGACGUCAUGCACCGCGUAGAAAGCUCUGUGCGGACCGUCUUUGGUAGUCUCAGCCCUCGAGAUCUGGUUACCUUUGAUCGGGUCUCCCAACUGACCGCAGAGGUGAGAAAGCUGAUUGAAGGAUCCAGCUCAAACAACAAGGGCUCGGAUUGGCUGUCUUUCCUCCUGCCUCCCAAGGAUAAAGAGGACGAGGUUCUCCGUCAGUCUGGUGUGCUAGAUGAUGCCAGCCUAUCUCCUGAAGAUGGUGCCCAGCCAUCACCUGCCGCUCUGAGACGCUUGCUCGACGAGACUGCUGAUUUAAUCGAAUCGCCAGCCUUUUCACACGUCUUGACACUGGUUCUCAAUUCGGGCUUCUCACUGUUGGUGGACAAGAAACUGGCCACUGAGGCUUUUGAAUUUUCCUUGGACGAAGCUCCUACUACGGUAGCAACGACAACCAGCCUCAAGCGCACCAGAGCUAUCCUGUUGCCCAAGAUCUUGUCUGUCCUAACGCGACAGGCUCAUGUCAUCGGUAACGGCAAUACACCGAAUGAGUAUCUCCAGGAGAUGGAAACAGUGCGCGAUCUCGAGGCUUUCUCCGCCGUCGUAUACUCUAGCAACUGGGAGAAUGAGAUGAAGGACGAGGGACUCAUGGAGAGUGCUGUCUACGUCAAGUCUGAAGAUACCCAGUCUCAGUCAACUCAGGUUGAUAGCAGUGUUAUCAUUGUUGAGCCUCAAGCUACUACUAGCUUGGAGGGCGCAUGGGAGAGAGCGACGGCGGGAGAGAAGUCUUGA